GAGCAAACAAGCCUGACGAGAGGCCAGUUCCUGUUGCGAAUGAAGUGUUAUGCGGCAGGCUUCCAGGCGCAUGGCCUUGGGCCUGCAGACCGUGUCGCCGUCCAUCUUGGCAACAGCGCCGAGAACCUCACAGCGCUGUUUGCGAUCACAUUCACUGGUGCCUCGGUAAUCCUCUGUAAUCCGAUCCUCAACCAAGAGGAACUUCUUUUCCAAAUGAGUGAUGGUGGAGCGACCCAUAUAUUCACAAAUCAACAAUUAGUACCGAAGGCAAUGGCAAUCCACUCCAAGCUUCCCCUCAAGGGCCUUUUUGUUACCGGCGAGGCAGACGGCUUCAUUUCGGUUACAAAGUUUGCUGAGCUAAAAGUGGAAGACUUUCGUGAAGUUCCAGUAGAAGACACGAAGAAAACCACGGUUGCCCUCUUCUACUCCUCCGGAACAACUGGCCACGCAAAAGGAAUUGAGAUAUCUCACUACAGCUUCGUAGCGAACCUUCACAUGACCGGGUCGUGCCUGACAUACGAAGAGAAUCAGAAUGACGUGCUUCUGGCGUGGUACCCUCUGACGUAUGCCUCGGGCUUUCUCUUCACCAUUGUGGCAGCCUGCGUCGGCUCCACCUGCGUUAUCGUGAGCCCCGGCCUCUCCUUUGACGAAUUCGUCUACUACAUCAACAAGUACAAGGUGACGACGUUGGCCAGUGUGCCGACGCGGCUGCACUACUACGUCUCGGACAUGGAGCGCACAGGCACGCGCCUGCCCUCUGUGCGCAAGCUGAACGUGGGCGGAACGGCGCUGACGGGCUCGCUGGCCGACCGGCUGCGGGCCGCCUUCCCGGGACUGCGCUGCCUGCGCAACCUGUACGGCAUGUCCGAGUCUUGCAGCGUGCUCUGCUCGCCGCCCACCGACGAGCUGGGCGCAGCGAACAUUGGCUUCCCGGCGCCGAUGGUCGAGCUCAAGGUGCUCGACCUCGAGACAGGCAAGAAACUCGGACCGCAUCAGAAUGGGGAGCUGUACUUCAGGGUUCCCAGCGUCAUGAGCGGCUACUACAAGCAUCCCGAAUUGACAGCCGCAUUUAUGGAUAAAGAUGGCUGGUGCAAGUCCGGUGACAUCGCGUUUUACGACGAGGAUGGCCGUUUUUAUUUCGUGGACCGCAUGAAGGACAUGAUCAAGUGCCUGGACCAGCAGGUUUCGUCUACCGAGCUCGAGUCGCUUCUGCAGAGCCACGAGAGCGUUGCCGACGCUGCCGUGGUGGGCAUACCACGCACCGAGUACGGGGACGCGCCCGCGGCUUUCGUGGUGCUGAACGACCCGGCGGCCGCCGCAGCGCCGAUGGCCAAGCAGCUGAAGGACUACGUCGCCGAAAACUUGGAGGCCUUUAAACACCUUUACGCCGGUGUUGUCUUCAUUGAGAGACUGCCAAGGAACAUCAAUGGCAAAGUCAUCAAACAACAAUUAAAGCAGUUGUACCAGACAGCUACAGUGUACUAAAACCCCACAAGCAAUUUGUUUUUUAAUUGAAAUAAAAACGCAAAUCAAAUAAUCGCGCUGCAGC